CCUGUCAUGCGCGUGACGAAAACGUCAAAAACCCAAUCGCAUUGGCCAUUUUAAACAUUUUUCUCCUCAGUUUCAAAAUCGUAGUGUAGUUUCAACUCGUAUCGUAAAAAGCAAAAAAUGUCCGGAACAAACGUAAAAGAAUUCUACGCUCACGAUCUUGUCUACAAAUUCGACGAACGCAAGCGAAUUGUGUUUGGGGUAGUGAGUGAGAGCUAUGAGAGCUCGGACAGUGACGAGACCUGUGCCCUCCAGAAGGGCCAGAUCCUCGUCACUUGGAGCAACCCCACCCGGAAGCGGAUAUGCAGACAGAGCAAGGUGUAUCUGCUGUGCCGCUGCAUCGCCCCGGGGGACAUUGUGCGGCGGCUGGAGGACGGGAAGGAGACCCAGAGGGGCUACUGCAAGAAGACCAAGCAGUUCGCCACAGUCCAAAUCGUGGAGAGCGACAAAGUCAUCGAGCAUGUUCCCGACAGCAGGUUGUGUUUUGUUAAGCCGUUCCAGGUGGGGGAUGCUGUGUGUCUGGGGGACAAGUUCGGGAGAAUUCAGAGCAUAGACGAGAUGAUUAGGAUGCAGUCGAAGUGUGGUUCUAUUGUUGAAGUUAGGAGAAGUAUCAAUUAUAAUAUUAGGGAUUAUUGGUUUCAUUCCAUAAAUGGGGCCUAUCACGAAGCCGAGUACCCGGGACAGACUGUUUUUUGUACACCAAUGCAUUUACGAGACCCAAAGUGGAUAAAAAAAUCAAAAUCGAUGAUGCGCAAGAUGGAAAUCGGCCAAAAGUUCACCAUUCAAAGCAUUGAAAUUUGCCUGAUCGAAGUAUGGUGGUACUCCCCGAACGGCCACACGGAAUACGCCGAGCUCAAGGACGACGAAAUUAAACGACUGAAAGUCCUCCCGUACUCCGAGAAUUUGGUAAUGGGCGAUCGCUACUUCUUAAAACUAAAACCGACCGACAUUUUGCUUAAAAAACGCGACUGGAUCAAGAAAAAAUCGCUGCAAUCUCUCCCUCACAAAGUGCCUAAAUCGGACAAUUCCACGCUGACGAACACUUGCGCCGAACCGUUCGACGCCGACGACGACUGGUGCACAGAAGAAGACGAGGAAUCGGACAAUAAAGGCGAAAUUUCCAUAUACGGCUUGCAUAAAAUUAAACAGAGGAAAAAAACCUAUCCCAAUUUGAACAAAUUCUCCUCGGGCUCGAUCGUCGCGGUCCAGGUUUUUUGUGCCGAUGCGCGAGUCACAGUUGUGUGGCAGGACGGCACUGAGGAGAAGGAUAUCCCGACAACGGAACUCUAUUAUUCCGUUUCGCAGGACGAUCACGAAUUUUUUCCAGGGGAGUGGGUGGUGUCCAACUCGAACGAAAACUCGGACAAGUACGGCGUGGUCCAGAGGGUCAAUUUCCAAGAACGGACGGCUGAAAUUAAGUGGUUUUCGAGCGUGGACGCCAACCAGGAGCCGCAGGAAUUGGCAACGAACGAGUCAAGCGUCUACGAUUUGAAAAAGCACGUCAAGUUCGUGUUCCGUCCAGGUAGUGUAGUUAAGGCCAAGCCGACCGUCGAGGACAAGAUGGGCAAAGUCAUAGAUAGUUGUCCACAAGGCUACGUGAUUGUGCAGUGGCUCGGUGGUAAGAGAGAAAAUUGUUGGCCGCAAAACAUCGAAUUGAUACUCGAGAGUGAAGAUUUCGAAUUUCCGGAUGCCUUUGACAGCGAUGACGAUCUUAGUGAAGAUGCGUACUCGUGGGAAACCGAAAGUGUGGAGUCGUUCGACGGCGACGUUACCGAUGAAAUUAAUUUACAAAAUAUGGCCGCCAGAGUUGAUUUUAUUAGGAACAGGAUUAGUUAUCUGAGGGAGGCCUUUAAGCACUACAACAUCACGCAGAAUUUUCAUUUUGUUAAAGAUUUGUUGUGCAUUUAUGACAAUUCGGGUUAUUUAGAUAAGUAUCUCGGCACGUCGUUUUUUAGCACGGAAAGUAAACAUUUCCAGGCGUUGCUGCUUGAAACUAAGAAAAAAGCCAAGUCUCUAGGAAUCGAAUUGAGGGGUAGGAUGUUUUCUCGGGAAAAUCUUUCCUGUCCAACAAAAAUGAAAAAUGCCGAGAAAGACAAUAUACAGAAAAUGAUCAAGUUGGAGAGUAAGGUCAAUGUGCAGAUCGAGAUGUGCAAAGAAUGCAGCGGAGAAUCAUGUCCUACAACCCCCGACAGCUCCGAGCCGGCCGAAAAACCCCAAGAGAACCUGUGCGUGGAACUCCUCGUGAUGCUCAAAAUGCGCAUGGAUUUAAUCUACGCGGAAAUAAUCAGUCGCAUAGGCGGCCGUCAAGCGUUAACCGUCCUAACAAACUCAUCCGAAAACCCGUUAAAACCAUCGCCAAGCACCACCACCGCCUUACAAAACGCACUUUUAACCCCCGAAACGCCCCCGAAAGUGGCCAAACCGAUCGAACUCAUCCCCAAAAACGAAGCCUUCUCCAUUCUGGAGGAAGCCCCUGACACCCAUCGCUAUUUCUCGAGCAAAUUCGUACCAAAAGACUUGCAAAAAUUUCUAGUCGCGCUCCAAAAAGAGUACAAGUUGCUUAAAGACUCCCUACCGGCAGGGGUUUGGGUCCGGACUUACGACAACCGGAUGGACCUCUUAUCAGUGAUGAUAAGAGGCCCGGCGAAGACUCCGUACGAGGACGGGUUGUUCCUUUUCGAUAUUCAGUUAAGUCCGGACUACCCCAAGAACCCCCCGGGUGUCCAUUACAUCAGUUACAUCACGGAGCCCCUGAACCCGAACCUGUACGUUGAGGGCAAAGUUUGCGUGUCUUUGCUGGGGACGUGGAUGGGGCGCGGGAGCGAAAUGUGGGGGCCUAACAGCACCCUCCUGCAGCUAAUUGUGUCAAUUCAGGGGCUUAUCCUCGUAGCGCAGCCCUAUUUUAACGAAGCUGGCUACGAACGACAGACGCACACGCAGCAAGGGUGCGAAAACUCGCGCACUUAUAACGAAUUUGUUAUUUUGAAACUUGUUCAGUCGAUGACUGAGUUGCUCAACGCCGCACCUAAAGUAUUUCAGAACGAGGUCCUCGCGCAUUUUCAGGCCAAAGGCGAGGCGAUGUGCGAAAGAUUGAUGAAAUACUGCGACGAGGAACCACUUGUACCUGAAUUCCCGCUCUUGCCCGUCAGUAAAGGGUUCAAACUGUCGCUGGGCUCGGCCCUAAACGGGUUCCGACAGGCGCUGAAGAAGGCCCUGGAAGGGAGGAAUAAAGAGGCGCUUUUGUAACGUUGUUACCUUGUUAUCCUGUUCUAAACCUUGUUAAUAAAACGUUUCGUUAUUUUUGGUGAUAUUUUUAUGUAGGUGUAGUAUUACAGUUGUUUUGUUUCGUUGGAAUUUAUUUAGUUCGAAUACCUCUUUGUGAUUUUUCUGUGAUUGCUGCGCUGUUUCUUACGGUAGUAUUAACGUAAUUUAAGCAAUAUUGUAAUUUUUUACGUAUCAGGAACAUGCCAAUGGGUCGAUAGGUCAAUCAAGAACAAAUCAGGAGAAUCACUCAAUCUAGGAUUUUCAAGUGCAUUUCUAGACAUUAAAUAAACGCUACGUUUCAAGUUA